AUCUUUUGGUAAUUAAUAUACAUAUGCAAACAUAAUGACAAUAUCAAUGCCGUCUUGCGUAAAUGCGCUCGCUUGAAUAGUAUAAAACUAAAAAAAAUCUCAUCAAUAGACAUCAGUUACCAAACAGAUCUAGUCUUCUAACAAUCUGCAACAACAAAUCAAAUCAAAAUGAAAUUCGCCGUUGCUUUCGCCGCCGUCUUGGCCGUCGCUGCUGCCCAGUUCCCUGGCUUCACCCCCUACAAACAAGUGCCCCGUCCCAGUGCUCCGGCCCCCCGUCCCCAGGCUGUCGUGGUGAACCGCGUCGCCAACAACGACCAGGCCGCUAACAUCAUCCGCUACGACAAUGAUGUAGGACCCGACGGCAGCUACAGCUACGCUGUGGAGACCGACAACGGUAUCGCUGCCCAGGCUCAGGGUACCCCCCGUGACUUCGGAGGCAACCCUCCCAUCGUCCCCGUCGUCGCCCAAGGAUCCUUCUCCUGGGUUGCUCCCGAUGGCCAGAACAUCGCUAUCAGCUACAUCGCUGACGAGAACGGAUACCAACCCUCCGGUGACGCCAUCCCCACCCCUCCCCCGGUCCCCGCCCAGAUCGCCCGCGCUCUGGAGUACCUCGCCAGGCUCCCCCAGAAGAAGUAAACGACCCAACGACCUUUGUUAAUUCUGAUCUUCUGUAAAUAAAAACAUACUUUAAUCCUUCUAUGUCUAUCAAAAGAAAUAAUUGAAUAAACUA